UAGAUGGCCCUGUGUACAUGCACAGUAGCAAAGGUAUACUGGGAAUCAGUGUAGAUGUUAACUCAUUUACCUUUGCUAAGGAUGAGGGCUCAGGUUAAGGCAUACAGUUCAGCCCGUUGUGCCGACCAUCCUUCCAGCAAGGCCUUGGCUUCCAGAACUUCGGUGGUUGUGGUUACUACAUAUCCUGUUCUUCGGCUGCCCUCUUGUAAAUAGCUGCUCCCAUCGCUGAACAGGGUGAUCUCCGGGCUUAUUAUAUAACCUGGUCUUGGAGGUCCAGGCAGUUGGCGUAGACUUCAUUCACUACUUCGGAACAGACAUGGUCGGGUUCUCCCUCCCCCAUGGGAAGGAAGGUGGCCAGGUUUAGUGUUUUUACUGCUUCAAGAGCGACCCUUGGGUUUUUGUAGAGAAGGCCUUGGUAUUGUGUCAGCCGAGAAUUGGAGAGGAGACGAUAUCCUUGGGUGCUCAUGAGGGACAUGACCGUGUGUGGGACCUUAACAUUAAGCAUUUGUCCCAGCGUGACUUUGUCUGCAACCUUGAUGAGCAGGACUGUGGCUGCCAGCACUCUGAGGCACGGUGGCCAUCCUGCAGCCACAGGAUCAAGUUUUUUUGACAGGCCACUGGCCAUUGCCAAGGCCCCAUACUCUGAGUGAGCACUCCAAGGGCUAUUUGUCCUUUUCAUGUACGAAGAAGUUAAAGGGUCUUUCUAUGUCAGGCAAACCCAGGGCUGGGGCUCAUCCCAGAGCCACUUUAUUUCUGUGAAAGCAGCUCUUGCCUUCUUAGUCCAUGCGAGGGGCCCCCAGUCUGGCCCUCCCAACAGGUCAUACAGGGGCCUCACUAUGGCUGAGAAUCCAGGAAUCCAAAUGCGACAGAACCCUGUGGCCCCUAAAAAUCCAUGCAAGCCUCAUUUUGUUUGGGGCUGUGGCAGUGUGGUGAUAACUUUCUUCCUUUCCGGUCCUAGUUCUCUUUUUCCUUUUGUGAGGAGGAAGCCUAAGUAUCAGACCUGCUGCUGACAAACCUGUGCCUUUUUUCCGAGAGGCCUGGUACCCCAAGUAGGACAGGAGCUGCAGGAGGGCCUUGGUACCUUUCAUACAGUCUUCUUGGGUGUCGCUGGCAAGGAGGAUGUCACCUACGUACUGGAGGAGGACACACCCUGUGGUUUCCCUCAGAAAGUCGGCGAGGUCUGCAGCUAGUGCUUCCCCAAAAAGAGUAGGCGAGUUCUUGAAACCUUGGGGAAGUCAUGUCCAGGUCAGCUGCAUCUGGCACCCUGUAACGGGCUCAGUCCAUUCAACGGCAAACAAUGGUUGACUUUGAGGAGCCAGGCGGAGGCAGAAGAAAGCAUCCUUUAGGUCGAGGCAUGUAAACCAUUUGGCUGACCCCAGAAUGUGUCUGGAGAGAGUAUAUGGGUUCGGAACCACUGGGUGUAAGGAAACAGUCACUUUGUUAAUGGACCUCAAAUCCUGUACUGGUCAGUAUCCUCCUCCUGGCUUCUCGACUGGCAAGAGCGGAGUAUUCCAAGCCAAUUGGCACUCAAUUAGAAUACCUGCUUCUCUGAGCUUGGUCAGGUGCUCUUGUAUACCCAUUCUAGCCUCGAGUGGAAGAGAGUACUGCCUUUGUCUCUGAGGUUGGGCUCCAGGGAUCAGGUCAACAACGGUGGGACCCCAACUGCAAGCUAGUCCAGGUGGGUUAUCUUCAGCCCAUACAGAGGGGAAUGUAAGCCUGAAUUCUGAGGGGCUACAGGGUAGGGCCUGUGCACAGAAUAGUCUCCAUUCUUCUUCCCUUGGCAGGGUAAUCGCCAAGACCAGGGUUUCCUCCUGCUUGGGUUUAAUUGGAGGCUAGUGUGUCCAUUGGGUUCAAAAGUUAUCUGGGCCCCAAGUUUGGAGAGCAUAUCCCGGCCCAGGAGAGGAAUCGGGCAGUCAGAGUAUGGAGUAACUGUUGACAGUCUUCCCAACUCGGCCGGUGGGUCUGGAAGAGGGACUCCAUCAAGUCGACCAUUGCUUGUGGCUUUUCAGAGUAUGAUGGAGUGUUGUGUUUCCAAAUGAGGAGGUGAUUAAUGGAUGGCUGGCAGUUGAUGUAUAUACAUAUAUUCAGAAAUGUUUUGCCACCUGAGACCGGUGAGAAGGUUAUGUCUGGAGAAGAUAUUUCCACACUGGUUUCUCUACUCAAGAGCUUUAUCUGGAGCUGAAGCAGUCAAUGCCUUGAGGCCAUUCUAUUUUGCAGUACAUCCAGAUUUCUUUGGACAACACCCCAGAGAGAGGGAAGUCAAUGAAAAUUCUCUUAAGAGAUUAAGUGUCUACUUAGAAAACCUCCAGAAACCAGGCUCCAAGUCUUUGAAACCAACUCAGCUUACAUUUUAUGUAAGAGAAACAGAGCAGAAUUCUUCUGAAGGCCAGGAACCGUUUAGCACAUCCGGAUUUCGAGCAGUCAAAUUUACUUUGCACACCAGAGAUCUGCUAAGCACAGUAUUAUAUAUUCUCAACUCCUGCAGUUUAUCUGUUGAACAUAUCCAAAGCUUGAAUACUAAUGUGUGUUCCCAGCCUCUCAAAGAGGCUAAAAGGAUGCCUGACAGGCCCAUCAAGUGGGACAAGUCUUAUUACUACUUUACUGGAUUCAAGGACCCUCAUGAAGACCUUGAACAAGUCUCGAGAAUGGAAACAACCCUCACAUCCUGGUUAGAUAACAAUGGGAAAAGUGCAGUUAGAAAGCUGAAGAACAGUUUGCCACUUAGAAAAGAACUAGAUCGUCUAAAAGAUGACCUGUCUAAUCAGCUGCAGCUCUCGGACAUCAGGUGGCAGAGGGGCUGGGGCAUCGCCCAUCGCUGUAGCCAGCUUCACAGUUUAGGCCGCCUAGCACAGCAGAACUUGGAAACACUUAAAAAUGCAAAAGGAUGUACAAUAAUAUUUACAGACCGCUCCGGGAUGAGUGCAGUGGGCCAUGUGAUGCUAGGAACAAUGGAUGUCCAUCAUCACUGGACAAAACUUUUUGAAAGAUUACCAAGUUAUUUUGACCUUCAGAGGAGGCUGAUGCUGUUAGAAGACCAAAUAAGCUAUCUUCUAGGUGGCAUACAAGUGGUUUAUAUCGAAGAGUUGCAGCCAGUAUUGACACUUGAAGAGUAUUACUCUCUUCUUGAUGUGUUCUAUAAUCGGCUGUUGAAAAAUAGAAUACCCUUUCACCCUCGAAGUCUACGUGGUUUAAAAAUGAUCCUUAACAGUGACAGAUAUGCUCCAAGCUUGCAUGAACUCGGGCACUUUAACAUCCCAAGCCUCUGUGAUCCAACAAAGCUCCAGUGGUUUAUUCUAACCAAAGCCCAACAGGCAAGAGACAACAUGAAGAGGAAAGAAGAGUUAAAGGUUAUUGAAAAUGAAUUGAUAGAGGCUUCAACGAAGAAAUUUUCUCUGGGAAAGUUUUAUAAGGAGCCCAGCGUUUCUAGUAUACAAAUGGUGGAUUGUUGUAAGAGACUUCUAGAACAGUCGCUGCCUUACCUACGAGGGAUGCAUCUCUGCAUUUCACAUUUUUAUUCUGUCAUGCAAGAUGGAGACGUUUGUAUUCCUUGGAACUGGAAGGAUGGAGAAGCCGUUAAGUAACACAGAAAUCGGUAUUAUUUUUUGAAGAGACAAGAAACCGUUAAACUUAUUUAAAUCCACAAUUUAAUAUAACAGUAUUAUUUACAUAUUACAAGGACAAAAUUUCUAACUGCUGCUCUAAAAGUAGACCUUUUUUAAAAAUUAAUUUCUGCUACAAAACUUGCUUUAAAAGGUUUUAUCUCCCAGUCUUAUGGCGUUUCUUAGCUGAUUGGCAAGAUUGGGUAAAAAGAUGUCAGCAUCAAGGAACAUAUUUUGCAGUCUAUAAAUGAGGGGUUCUACGAAGUUGAGGAUAUAUAUUUUUAUAUGAGUGAGCGUGCGUAAGUGUAAUCAGGUCUCAUUCAGCGUAGCUCCGGAGCGAUGGAACUCAUUCAACAUGCAACUUUGUAGUUACAUCUCAUGGGUCAAUACAAAUGCGCAUUUUGCAGCCAGUACGGGACAGUUGCUGUCCAAAACAGAAGACGACCGACGGAUGGCAAAAAUUAGACCAGCGAAUUUUUCCUGAAAGAAAGAGUAGAAGGAAAAAAAGCAACUGGAUGUAUGUAUGGUAUCGACAUGGACAUAAGCAGUCUGAUACCAGUUCGUUAGAAACAUCUUAGUGACAGAAAACUUGGGUUGAAACCCGCGGGUUUUCCUACCCAUUAAUCUAUCACAACUGUUGGUAGCAUGACACAACAGACAGUGAAUGUCUUUGAAUCAGUGAGGGGACUCUGGUUUCUCAUGGACAAACUCUGGAAAAACCCUUGCUGGUGUCCCACAGAGUUCCAGCAAGUAGAAUCGAGUGUAAAAUGGUGCGGGCCAUCCAGGAUUUGUCACCUCCUCAGCCCCGGGCUUCCUGUUCCUACCGGUGUUUCGCAUCCGGCACGAAGUCCCUCUGAGCCGCCCGUGUGCGAGGUUGUGUGGCCUCCCUGAGGUGGCAGCACGGCCCAGACCUAAGGGCCAUGGCGGGCCCACUCGAGACGCGGGGCUUCUCUCUCUGCAGUCCUUUCCCUUCGGAUAAUGUAUUUCGCCAGAUGCAAAACCUCUCCAGCUUGUUUCUCAGGAGGAUAAGGUGAAUCUAAUUUGGGACACCAUUUUCGUGGCUCCCAGUGCUGGCUGAAGAAAUAAGAAGGGAAGUUUUUUCACAGUGCAUCAGAAAGGGAAGGAGCUGGCAACCAUUCUUGAAGUAUGUUUCAAAUUCAUCUAAAACACCGAUUGUUUAAACUGUUUAAAUUCAAAUGUGUGUUCAAAAGAAAUACUGAUGUGUAAUUUUUAUAGUUUGUGCAUAUCAUCCCUGUGAACCUCCAGUAACAAGUAUACUGAAUUUGUUUUUCUAAUGUAAAAAUGUUGCCUAUAAGGAUUUUCCAGAGCCAAAUGAUGGGGGUGAACAAUUCCCUCCUUAAAGGUUAUGUAAGAAAAUUUAUUGAAAAGUAGCUUUGGAUCAUGCCAUUUCUAAAAUCAACUAAUAUAGAAUCCUCAGUAAUAUGUUUUGAAUUGGACUUUGUCUCAGAACUGAUUGUU